AUGAACUCCAAUAAAACUUAUUCAGAGACUACUUGUGAUUGUAAGAGUUUGAGAUUGAAUGUCUCAGCCAACAAGCAUGAAACAAAUUGGUAACCUCGCAAAAUUAAAAUUAGUUCAAAUAGACCAGCAUCUAGUAGCAAAGCAUCUUCCAGCACAAUUCGAAAGAAAUCAUAAAUGUACAUGUGUUUCAGAGAUAUUAGUGACUUUUAAGCUAUGCAAUAGACAUUGGGAUAAGGUUCAUUUGGUUGGGUCACUCUAGUUAAAGAGAUAUCAACAGGCAAAUUGCUGGCAAUGAAGGCUAUGAAAAAGGCAGAACUGUUUAAAUACUGCACAGUUGACAAUUUAAAGAGGGAAAUAAAAAUUUAACGUAAAUUAAACCAUCCAAACAUAAUUAAAUUGGAUAGUUAUUUUGAAGAUAAGACCAAUGUAUACUUGGUACUGGAGUAUGCAGAAGGUGGUUCUUUGUUCAAAUAAAUAAAGAAACAGCGUCAUCUAUCCGAAGAUGAAGCUUCUCAUUAUCUUUACUAAACCUGUCUUGGCAUUGAUUAUCUACACAAACAAAAGAUUAUUCACAGAGAUAUAAAGCCAGAAAAUCUCUUGCUCGAUAACAAAGGAAAUAUCAAGAUCUGUGAUUUUGGCUGGUCGACUGAAAUGGGCAAUUUGAAAAAAGCAUUUUGUGGCACAAUUGAAUACAUGGCACCUGAAAUGAUUAAAUCUCAAAGUACUAACUACAAACUCGAUAUCUGGUGUUUGGGUGUUCUGCUCUAUGAAAUGGUGCAAGGGAAACCUCCUUUCACUGGAAGGAACGACUAAGAAAAAUGCUAAGCAAUUCUUUCCGGAUCCCCUCUCAAAUACGAUGAGUACGUUUCAGAAGAUUGCAAGUCUCUUAUAUCUAUGAUUCUUCAGUAGAACCCUUUCAAUAGACCCUCUAUCCAAGGAAUUCUUAGUCAUCGAUGGAUGCUAUCCAAAAUCAAAUAACACCCACCUCUCAAUGAAAACCUAACCUAUCGAAGUGUCUCAUUAUUAAUUGACGAAUAAAAUCAAUCUCCUUUAUAAACUUCAUUAACUGUGUUGUCAGAACGCAAGACUACUAAUAAAGAAUGGGAAGACAUGAAAUAGAGAUCCCAACACUUUGUAUUCCAGCAACCUUAACAAGUGUCUGAGUAACCCCAAUAAACCUUAUUUAAACGUAUAUUAAUAUCCCUUGGCUGUAUUAAUCGUUGA